CAACUGCACUCCAUUGGUCGAGCCUGAGCCAGCAUGGCGGCGCCCUUGUAACGCGGUCCGUGCCGCAAAAGGGACGGCGGCGGCGGUGGCGCCGGCCCCGCGGGGUCACAAGUCGGCAUGCUGAGAACAGCGUGGAGGGCGCUGAGGUCGCUUCCGACCCAGGCAGUGGCCCAGGCUCCAGUCCGCGGGCUGCCGGGCGGAGCGUGCGCCAGGCCUCCUCCCUUCCGCCAGUGGGGCCUUCCCUCCCCUCCUGGAGGUGUUAUCCUUCCGGCCGUUCGCGGAUAUGCCAUCCAGAAACCAGUCCAGCGCAGCCAAGAAGAUGACCCUCCCCCUUCCACGCUGCUCAAAGACUACCAGAACAUUCCCGGAAUUGAGAAGUUUGACGAUGUUGUAAGAAGACUCUUGUCUUUGGAAAUGGCCAGCCAGAAGGAGAAGCUAAAAGUCAAGCAAGAGCAAUUGAUGAAGAAGAUUGUGGCAAACCCUGAGGACACCAGCUCCCUGGAGGCUCGAAUUGUUGCUUUGACCGUCAAGAUCCGCAAUUAUGAAGAACACAGGCAGAAACACCGAAAGGACAAAACCCAUAAGCGCUAUCUGCUGAUGAGCAUCGACCAGAGGAACAAGAUGCUCAAAAACCUCCGUAAGACCAACUAUAGUGUCUUUGAGAAGAUCUGCAAGGAGCUGGGGAUUGAGUACACCUUCCCCGCUCCAUACCACCGGAAAGCCCACCAUCGCUGGGCGACCAAGAAGGCGCUGUGCAUUCGGGUUUUCCAGGAGGUACAGAAGCUGAAGAAGCAAAAGAGGGCCUUAAAAGCUGCAGCAGCGGCAGCCCGGAAACAAGGCCAGAAGAACCCGGAGAGCCCUUCCAGAGCUGGACCAGAGGCAAUCAAAGAAAACCAAUAAAUUGUAUUAGAGUUCUGUC